AUGUCAUCCGGUCAAGCAUUGCACUUGAAGAAGAAGGAGUUCAUCGCAGACAAAAAUAUGCCGCCUAACUGGAGGGAGGAAGUCGAGGAGAGCCUCGCCAAGGUGGAUAGGGCUGCGGCGGAGGAAGGUCUGAAAGCGAACAAGUCUCAUCUCGAGGAUCUCGAAGAGACGCUCAGCAGGAAAACCCUCAAGCCCGACUCGCCAUGGGGACUCGCCGUCUACCGCACGUGCUACAAUGACGAGGCCGCGUGGCAGGAGAUGAAGGAGGACUUGGAGGCGAGACCACGUGAAAGCAUGGAAUUCUACGUCGACGACGGCCUGUUUGACCGCCAUCAAUUCGUAUUCAUGGACGACAAGGCGCGGUUCGACGGCGCAACGCCCUACGAGAUUCGAGGUCAUUUCGCGAAAUGGGCCAGGGAGGAACUGGCGAGGUAUUGGGCCGUGCAACCCGUGACGGAGGAGAUGCUGCAACGCGACAUCGACCAGCUCAUAGACACCGCCGGGACGCGAUACAACGUCUGCAUGGUGGUUGACGACGUGAGCCUGCUGUCGCUGAGCAAGGAGGCGCUCAUGGGGCCCCUGACGAUGCUGGUCAAUAGGAGACUCGGACCCCCGGUUGUUGAAUCCCUGGAGGAUGAAGAUGACCAGCAUCCCGACUACGCAGAUGGGUGGAUGCAUGAUCGCAACGAGGGCUAUGGCGGGUGGGUCUACUCCAGCACGUUGGAGUACGUCGACACGUACGACAAGUUGAGCGACUGCAACAAUUGGGAGGAGGAUUGGAUGUUUGCGUAUCCGUCUGUAGUGUACGACAACAUGGGCCUCGAGAGGUCGCCGGCGUUUUGGAGGGAUGAUAUUGCCGCGGAAAGGGCAAAAGCUGCCGCCGCGAAGAAGCAAUAG